CUGAAGGCCCAGACGCAGGGCACCUCGGAGGAGCUGAGGUGCCUCCAGAUGCUGAACCGGCUGCAGGAACUCUCCGAGCUGGAGGAGCUGAUGAGCAGCCAGCCCUGCUUCAAGCUGGCACUCGGCAUCCAGGACUACGUUGCCACGAUUACCGAAAAUAUCAUCCAAAGGAGCGCCCCGAGGGUCGGUGCCUCUCAGAAGCAGAGGAACUCCAGCUGGCAGCUGGGCAGCCGGCCCUUGGCACACCUCACCCUCAGGAGGCCGAACCCUUCCCAGCCAGGACCGGAGUUCCGGGACCUGCCGCAGUCCUGCCAGCAUCCCAUCCGCCUCUGGGCCAGCAGGACCAUGCAUGCCCACCUCCAGAACCUCACCUACCAGGACGGGCAUCUGCAGGUGAGCCAGGCGGGCAAAUACUACGUCUACGCCCAGAUCUACUUCCGCUACCCCACCGAGGGAGCUGAUGCCCGCUCCCUGGGCCACCAGCUGGUCCAGUGCAUCAAUCGCCAGAGCGUCUACGGGCAGACCAUUCUGCUGCUGAAGGGCGUGGGCACCAAGUGCUGGCAACAGGAUGCGGCCUACGGGCUCCAUGCCCUUUACCAGGGUGGCCUCUUUGACCUCAUGGCCGGCGACAAGCUCUUUGUGUCCGUCUCAUCGCUGGACGUCAACUACGACGAUGAGGCGGGCAGCUAUUUCGGAGCCUUCCGCCUUGAUGUGUGACAUUGGGGGGGGGAGCGUGCCCAAGGGAGCCCUGGCUUUGGGCCCUCACUGUCCCCCCUCCCCCACGCAGAACUACGGGAGGACGCCUGUGCCCCAUUAUCACCCUCCCUUCUCCUGUUAGGGGUAGUGGGCAAGCUGCGCUGGAGGCAAAGGCAGGACGGGGAAGGGGGAGUGGGGGUCUGCAGCCCCCUUGCCUUUUGUAGAACCUGGAAAUCUGCUGGAGCUCCUUCACCAGAGCCUCCAUUAUAACCAUGUCUCUGAAGCAGCCAGGAAGACGGUGAAGCUAAGCCGGGCCUGGCUCUUCUCCGAGCAGCCCGGCUGGCAAUCGCCAGGCUUCUGGGUCUCUUGGACGUACCCCGAUGCCUUCUGUUGCAGACCCCUCCCCUGCGUCCCUACACGCAACCCUCUUCCCUCCCCCACUGCCUGCCCUCUUCCGGUCGUUCCAACUGAGAAACGUGGGACUCUCUCCUGCCCUUCUGUGCACGCGACCUGCUCCUGUGCCCCAAGGGAGCUGAGCUGCUCUCACAGCAAGUGGUGUUUCACAAGCCUGAUUGCCAAGCCAGGAAUGUAGGUCAGUGGGUCACCUGAGCGAGCGAGCGAGCCCCACCAGGGAGACACGGGGCACACCUUCCCGCUACCUCUCCCUGCACGCAUAUUGGGUGUGACCCUGAAUGGCAUUAGCACUCAGCAUGCCCCAGCCAGAGCUGGCUGCAACCAGGGCCUGUGCCAGCGGCCCAAAACCUCUCCCUUAGCCAUUCUAGAGGGAAGUUAGUCUCUGGUUGUAGCAUCCACAACAGGGCCAGGUUCCGUCUGGCUCAUCUUUAUUUGUGGCUUAGCAUUCUGCAUGUCGUCCCCCCCCCCCCCACACAAAUUGGUCAAGGGCUCAGAGCACUGCAUGCCCCGUGACUCGCUUAGCAGACUCUGUGGGCGGUGGCAAAGCCACAGGUGGCCAUUAGGAACACUGGAAGGAUGGGGAAGGGUGGUCAUUUAUAGGGCAGGACAGGAAACACACACACACACGUCUCUAACCAGGGGGAGCCCCACAUCUCAACCAGGGAACCAGCAUCCUCGCCCUCUUCCGGCUUCUCUGAAAGACAACGGCAACCCACGAGUCCUGGCCAUGUGGCCUGUUGGCCCCUCGGCUAUCUCAAUCCCGGUCCUGGUGCUUCUUCCGCUUCGGUCUCGCACCCUGAUCGGCCAGGCCCAGGCCUCUUGCCCUCCCUUGCCUGGGGGCCCGAUGACGGGGAUGCCUGAAGGCAGGAGGGGGCUGUUCCCACAGGCGGCCCCAGGCCAAGCGGGCUAAGCCAGACCCAGCCUGCAGUGCUACUACUGCGGCAGCUGGGAGGAGAGGCAGUAAGGAGGCGGCCCUGGGGUCUCGGCUACUACUGCGGCAGCUGGGAGGAGAGGCAGUAAGGAGGCGGCCCUGGGGUCUCGGCUACUACUGCGGCAGCUGGGAGGAGAGGCAGUAAGGAGGCGGCCCUGGGGUCUCGGCUGGUGGACUUGGGGUUAUCUGGUGCCCCUUGGGAAGAAGCAGAGAAAGGAGCCAGAGAAUGCCAGGCUCUGCUCUAGGGCCAGCCAAAACCGACCUUCCGGCCAUGGCCAUCGCCCCACCGUGCCAACACAGACAGGUUCCUCCCCCC